AUGAUAACAGAUUUAUUAUUUAAAUCACAAAUUAUAUAUAAUAAGAAAGAUAUAUUAUGUGCUAGAUACAUUUUAUUUUAUCAACACAUAUGUAAGAGAGGUUAUAAAGAAGCUGCUCCUAAGGUUUUUAAUAAAAAAAGUAGUCACACAAGUAGAUGGAUUCAAAGACAGAUAAGUGACCGUUAUGUAUUACGAGCGAAGAAUGAUAAUUAUAGAAGUAGGGCGGCAUAUAAGUUAAUUGAAUUGGAUAAUAAAUAUUUGUUCUUAAAAAAAAAUAAAAUAAUUUUAGAUAUUGGAUGUUAUCCAGGUAGUUGGUGUCAAGUUAUAUUAGAGCGUACUAAAAAUUAUAAAAAUAAAAUUAUAGGAAUAGAUAAGAAGAUAAUGGAUCCUAUACCUAACGUUUAUUUUAUUCAAGGGGAAAUUGGUAAAGAUAAUAUGAACAAUAUAAAGAAUAUAAAUUAUAUUGAUAAUAUGAAUAAUAAUUCUGUAGAUUAUAAAUUAAAAGAAAUAUUACAAGAUAAAAAAAUUGACAUUAUAUUAAGUGACGCUGCUGUUCCAUGUAUCGGAAACAAAAUUGAUGAUCAUUUAAAUUCUUGUGAACUUACCUUAUCAAUAACCCAUUUUAUGGAACAAUAUAUAAAUAUAGGUGGUACAUAUAUUGUUAAAAUGUAUUUGGGUAGUCAAACCAAUAAUUUAAAAACAUAUUUAAAAGGUAUGUUCCAACUCGUUCAUACAACCAAACCAAAAGCAUCGAGAAAUGAAUCAAGGGAAAUAUAUCUUGUUUGUAAAAAUUUUUUGGGAAGAAAAAAAAUUACAGAAGAUGUACAAAUCAAGGGUUCCUUUUCUUCAAAAGAAGGUUACUACUAA